AAUCUGAUUUGGAGUUCCAAAUCCACACGUAUGGUAGAAUAGAAUGAACAUGCACAUUACAUAAAUUCCCUGCAAAUAAUAUAUAAAUCAGCAAAAAGAAGAAUCUCACCCUUGGUUAAAAAUAGUAAACAUGCAACUAUUCUAGUAUCUCAUAAUUUCCUCAAUGCAACAAAAUUUUAGUACAAGUUUUCAAGUAUUGUUUAUAAUGAAUGCCUUAGAAGGCUUGUUUCUUCUCUUUAAAUAAUCAUUCUUAAAUCCCUUAGCUACAAUUCUAGUCUCUCACAAUUUGUUCAAUGGCGAACAAAGGAUAUCUUCCUCUCUAUGAAAAAAUAUGGCUCAAACGCACAUUUCAAAGAGUUAUGGACAUCUUCGUUUUACUCCUCCUUCUCAUGCUUGUCAGUGUCCGUGUUCUCUCCAUCAACACUUUCACUCUUCCAUUGUUCCUUGCUUUCUUAUGCGAAUCUUGGUUCACCAUCGCUUGGAUUGUGAUUCUCAACACCAAAUGGAGUCCUGCAAUAACCAUAACCCACAUAGAUCGUCUCAUGCAACAGGUACUUGAGCUUCCACCAGUGGACAUGCUUGUGACAACAGCAGAUCCUAUACUUGAACCACCCAUCAUCACAGUGAACACAGUGUUGUCUCUUUUGGCACUUGAUUACCCUACUAACAAGCUAGCUUGCUAUGUUUCCGAUGAUGGUUGUUCCCCUCUUACCUUGUAUGCCCUUGUGGAAGCCUCCAAAUUCGCCAAAUUUUGGGUACCUUUUUGUAAGAAGUACAACGUGCAAGUUAGAGCACCCUUUAGAUACUUCUCUGACGUUGCCACUGCCAAAAAUGAAGGCUCACCUCAAUUCAAACAAGAAUGGUUACGAAUCAAGGACAUGUAUGACAAUCUUUGCCAAAAAAUUGAAGAUAUGACCCGCAAACCAAUUCCAUUCAAACUUGACGGAGAAUUCGUAGUAUUUUCAAACAUAGAGCAAAGAAAUCAUCCAAGCAUAAUUAAGGUUAUAUUAGAGAACAAGGAAGAUAUUUCUAAUGGGCUGCCUAACUUAGUCUACAUAUCCAGAGAGAAGAGGCCACUGUAUCCACAUAAUUACAAAGCCGGAGCUAUGAAUGUGUUGACAAGGGUCUCUGGGCUAAUGACUAAUGCUCCCUUUAUGUUGAACGUGGACUGUGACAUGUUUGUGAACAACCCCAAGAUUGUUUUACACGCUAUGUGCAUUUUCAUGGAUUCAAAGAGUGGAAAUGAGGUUGCUUUUGUUCAAUGUUUCCAGCAAUUCUACGAUGGAAUAAAAGAAGACCCUUUUGGAAAUCAAUGGGUGGCUGCCUUUGAGUACAUAAUACGAGGCAUGGCAGGACUUCAAGGACCUUACUAUAUAGGAACAAGCACCUUCCAUAAGAGAAAUGCUAUUUAUGGAUUUUAUCCUGAUGAAAUUGAAAUUGGAAGAAAAGGAAAAGUAGCAGACGAGAUACUAACACAACAAUUUGGAAGUUCAAAGACAUUUGUCAAAUCAGUAGCGCAUGCUUUGGACAGGAGUUCAUAUUCUCCUAAUAACAUUAGUCCAUCAAAUUUCGUUGAGGCAGCAAUCGAAGUUGCAGAUUGUGGCUAUGAAUAUGAAACUAGCUGGGGUAAACAUGUAUGCAACAAAUACAGAUAUUCUUUCCAUAUGGGCUGGUUAUAUGGAUCAAUUACAGAGGAUGCACUCACUGGGUUAAGUAUCCAUAGAAAAGGUUGGAGAUCAGAGUGUUGUACCCCAGAUCCAUUUGCCUUUUCAGGGUGUACUCCAAAAAGUUUACUCUCCACAAUGAUACAACAAAAGAGAUGGGCCUCAGGCCUCACUGUGGUUUUCUUUGGAAAGCAUUCUCCCAUUAUUGGAACUCUCUUUGGUAAGAUCCAAUUUAGGGCAGCCCUGUCCUAUUAUUGGAUUGUCAAUUGGGGCCUUCGUAGUGCCUUCCAAUUUUUCUAUGCUUUGCUGCCUGCACAUUGUAUAAUUACUAACACCAGUAUCUUUCCGAAGGGACCUAGCCUAUGGAUUGCAAUUGCUCUUUUUGUGAUUUACAAAGUACAUUCUCUUUUAGAGUACCUUGCAAUUGGGUUGUCCGUGCGACAAUGGUUGAACAACCAGAGAAUGAGCAUAGUAGCAAGCACAUCUGCAUGGUUUCUUGGAUUUUUGGGUGGCAUGUUCAAGCUUUUGGGCAUAUCUGAUUCUGUCUUUGAAAUAACACAGAAGGAACACUCAACUUCUAAUGCUGAUGAAGAGGGUGCAAAUGUUGGAAGGUUCACAUUCGACGAGUCCCCAGUUUUUGUGGCUGGCACGACCAUUUUGUUGGUGCAAUUGAUAGCACUGUUUAUCUGGGUUUUGGGGUUGCAACCAACUCAUGAUGGAAAUGAAUCUGGACUAGGGGAAUUGACAUGUGUUUUGUAUCUGUUAAUGUGCUAUUGGCCAUAUUUUAAAGGGUUGUUUGCCAAAGGAAAAUAUGGGAUUCCCUUAUCUGUUAUAUGCAAGUCAAUAGUGCUUGCAUUUGUCUUUGUGCAUUUCUGUAGAAGCAUUGUUGUUAUUGGUUGAUCAGUGAUGACUUGAAAUUGAAUUUAUCUACAUAUUGUGUUCUUAUAUUUAUUAUUUUUCUGUACUAAUUCAUCAUUAUAACACAUUGAUCAAAAAGCUUGUAAC